AUGCAACAUAUCUAAAUAACCGAGUGUAGAUUUAUAGAUGAAAUUGAUGAAGUAAAAAGGUUUAAUGUAGCAGCCAACUUUUGUAUAAGAAGAAAAAAUGAAAUUGAUAAUGUGAAUAUAAAUCUAAACUAAAAUAUAAAGAAUUAUGUAGAUGGGGAAGUAAGUUAACGAAUUAUAAAAGGAUCCAUAUUACAGAGAAAUCUAAUUGAAAAGUGAAGAAUUAUAUUCUUAGGCGUUGGAUGGUUUAAAAUUAUUAGAAGUAAGAUGAUCAAUUUUAUUUAGUAAUACAAAAUGUCAACUCAUUUAGAUCAAGAAUUAGCUGCAUCUUAAAAGGAGUAUAAAUAGAUGGAGUAAUAAAUUAAAUAGGAGGAAGAUAAAAAGAAAUGGAAUGUGUUAGAGAAAUAAAAAUAGAAGGCAAAGUUAGUAAAAUUAAUGGAAGAAAUAUAAUUGUCAAUUUUAAGUUAUAAUAAAUUAAAAAAUAAAAAUAGAUAAAUUAGAUUUGCCAGAGUCUGAUAAUAAGAGUGGAAUAAUUUUUAAUUGGAUAGCUGGAUGCUUAAUUAAAGCAAAAAAAGGUCCUAUAUAAUUAGCAGAAGAACUUAAAUUGAAAGUAGAAAAGGUACAACUUUAACCUGAAUCUAUUCUUAAUUAACCUACUCCUCCUUAAAGUGGAGGAAUAUUUUCAUGCAGUGGAAGGAAACCACUUCUUAAUUCAAGGUCAUUAAAAAGAGAUGCUUUACCAGAAGAAGAAUAAAGAUAUUAUGAAAAUAUAUUAGCAUGGAAGGCCAUAAAAUAAUAUGUCUUUUCAUAAGAAUUUAAAUUCUAAGAGAGAGUUUUAAACUUCGUUUAAGAAUUUGAAAAAUUGGAAUCGUUUCAAAUUAUGUUAAUUGAGGAAAUUGUUUCAGAAAAGAAAUAAUUAAAAACAUAUUUGAUGUUGAUAUUAAAGAUUAGGUCAGAGUUAUUAUUGAAAUUAAUCAAAUUAUAUUGCUUUUAUUAAAGGAAAAUUAAUAAGAUUAAUAGUUAUAAAUUAAAGCUAAAGAAUCUGAUAUAAUAGAAUAAAAUAUGAG